UCAUUUUAUAUUUUCAUGUCCCUUUUCUGGGCUAGAAUCUUCGAAGAAUGGAAGGCGAUACCCGGGAAGAACCUGUUAAAGACCUCGAUGAGCUGCAAAAUGCAGAUUGGGCACGGUUCUGGGUGCAGGUGAUGCGAGAUCUAAGAGAUGGUGUUAAAUUAAAGAAGGUUCAGGAGCGUCAGUAUAACCCCCUGCCCAUCGAAUACCAGCUCACACCGUACGAAAUGCUGAUGGACGACAUCCGCUCCCAACGCUACAAGCUGAGGAAAGUCAUGGUGGAAAUGGUGAAUGGAAACAUCCCACCAAGGUUAAAGAAGAGUGCACAUGAGAUCAUUCUUGAGUUCAUCAGGUCGCGGCCGCCUCUAAACCCUGCCUCAGCACGUAAACUGAAACCCAGCCCUUAUCGCCCCCGAAGCCUCCACGAGCGACUGCUGGAGGGCAUCAAAUCUGAACGGAAGCUCAGGCCAGUCUCACCGGACAUGAUCCGCAGACACCGCCUCGGUGCAGGGAAAAGCAUCAGCACUCCCCAGGACUUGUUCCGCAGCUCAGACACUCCUGAUGCUCCCAGGAAACUAGCUGGCAGCACCCAGUCUCUGGCCAGUGGCACCCUGGGAGCCAAUCAGGGCGGAGCGCUGCCCCUCAGCCAGAGGAAGAGGCUGCUGAGAGCUCCAACGCUAGCUGAACUCGACAGCUCAGAAUCUGAUGAGGAUCCCACGCGGAGCAGCUCCAGUAUGUCCCCGUCUUUAGUGGAGGACCUGUCACCUGAGUCUGAAACGGGGAAGAAAGCUCCUCCAAAGUUCCUUCCUGUUUCUGCGUCACCACAGCCAGACAAGCGUCGGUCUCCACAGAGGCGGCACUCCAUCGAGAAGGAGGCCCCCACCAGCGUCUGCCCCUUCCUACCUCCAUCCAGACAGACCUCUAAGUCUUUGCUGAAAGCGGAUCCCAGCAUCAAGGUCCCUCUGUCUGCUGGUCAGGUGGGAGCCAGCAGGGGUGCUCGGGGCACGGAGGAGUUCUGUUACCCGGUGGAGUGUCUGGCGCUGACCGUGGAGGAGGUGAUGCACAUCAGGCAGGUCCUGGUCAAGGCAGAGCUGGAGAAGUUCCAGCAGUACAAGGAAAUCUACACUGCCCUCAAGAAGGGAAAGGUUUGCUUUUCAUGUCGGACUAAGAGGUUCUCUCUAUUCACCUGGGCCUACACCUGCCAGUUCUGCAAAAGGCCUGUGUGUUCCCAGUGCUCUAAAAAGAUGCGGUUGCCAUCCAAGCCCUACUCCACCUUGCCCAUUUACUCUUUGGGCCCCAGUGCUGUGUCUAAAGAAGGUCCGAGUCGAGCGUCUUCGUCUGCGGAGAGUGAAAGGCACCCGUUUGGGUCGGCACACAGCCGGAACAGCCUGCGCAGAAGUGUUUAUAAGAUGUCUAGAAGCAGCAGCAGCGGCAGCAAAGAUGGCCCCUCACAGGACGAGCCCGACCUCCCAAAGGAGCUAACGGAGGACUGGGUCACCAUGGAGAUCUGCGUAGACUGCAAGAAGUUCAUCAUCGAGAUCAUCUCCUCCAGCAAGCGCAGCCUCAACGUGGCCACCAAGCGGGCCCGUCUCAAUCGCAAAACCCAAUCCUUCUACAUGUCGUCGUCCAGCUCGGUCAACUUCAGGCCGUCUGAGCGCACCAUCAACGAGGUGUAGGAGGCGGGACUUCCCUGUGUGCACUUUGCUUUACGCCUCUGCCAAAUCUUAGUCUCCAAUACGAAGCCAGUCCAUCCCAUCCCAGAGUUAUCCCUUACCCCAUCUCAGGAAAAGUCGGCAAGUUUGAUUUAUCAGGCGUGCCAGGUAACAAAGGAAAGCCAUGUUUCUAAAAGUUGGUGAUAAUUCAGGACACGUUGGGAGAAAUGAGUUGAUGAUGUUGCUAUGUGGAUCAGGUAAGAAUGUAUAUUUGACAUAAGAGCGGGUUCAGAUGAUACAGAAAGCCAAGAGCUGCAGUGAUAACGUGUAAAUAGUAAAAAGGCCCGUCCCUAAUCUUAGCUAGUGAAUAUGUUUUCCAGUUCCUGUUUACUUCUAGCACUCAGGAAGAACAACAGAUUGUCCUUUUGACAGAAAUGCACUGUAGAUCCUCUACCACUCCUUUGCCCCCCCGGGCCCCCCCCCCCCUCUUUUCUUCCUGCAACAAUUAUGCCAAAUGUUACAUCAUUCAUUUUUUAGCCAGUUUAAAUGUAAUGCUCAUUUUGUAGGGAUGAUGCAGUGAGGGGUAAGAAUAGGCAAAGAUUAUUUUUCCGGGAGGGUUUUUAGCCAUUAGUUUCAAUGUAUAUUAAAUUCUGUGCCUGGUGCCAAAAUGUAAUUUCUUUCUUUGAAUGCCUUUGUAGUUGCGGACCUGUUGUACAUAUGUUAUAAAGUCAAUGGGGGUCAUUUUUACGGUAAUCUACGUUUGCUUUCCCGCCCUUUCCGCGAUCCAAGAGCUGGGCAGCGGAAGCACAGAAAUGUAAAGUUAUGAUUGUGUACAUGCUGUAUAUCUUAAUUGUUCUAAAGCUAAUAUAAAAAACUACAAGAUGUAUAAUUUUAAAAUGUUUUAUGAUUUCUGCCGCUCAAGUUUCUUAACAUGAAAUUAUUCAGAAUAAAUGAUUAUGUUUAUGUAAUAUUAAGAUUGUAUUUCUAUUGUAUAGUUUAUAAACUCUGCAGUGUUAAAAUACUCCUCUAAAUUGCAAAUCGCACUUUUAUUUGUUAAUGUUUAUGUUGGGAUUUUGUCUUAAUUAAUAAUAAUUAUUUCUCCUCUUGGGGGGUCCAUAGUGCCAUUUCCCAGAGUUCCUCAUGGAUGAAUGUGUGUGAAUGGCUGCAGCUGGUUUGUGAGAAAAAUGGCUCAACAAAACGAAACAAUGUAUUGAAUGUAGGCAAGUGUAUAACUGUCAUUAAAUACAGACACACACUCAUGCAAAGAUGUUUGUAUAGUUUGUUUUGUGACAGUUGUUAGCAAAUAAACACAAAGUCAACCAGCCUGUUCAAUAACGAUGCCAUGUUCCAGUGAAACAUCCGUUUUAUUUUAGACCACUGUAAGGAAUGUAUGCAUGCUGUUCUGUGAUCUGUUCGUUUUUAUCGAAGAAAUUCUAAUAAAAACAUCACGAUUCUUACUUUGA